AUUUAUAGGAAAUGAGUGAGAUUCAGAGAGAAAGUCUCAGGGAGAUUGCUAUUAAAUUGGCUGAAGACCAAGUGAAGAGUCAAGUGACUCUUACUGGACCCAAAGAAAGGACAAUCUUUAUACUUGGCAGUAAGAAUGUCGGGAAAUCUACCUUUAUCAAUCGUUACCUGGAUCGGGAAGAGAGUCCCAAGACAACACUAGCCCUGGAGUAUUCUUACGGAAGGCGUACAAGUCCUGGCCAAGGCAUUCAGAAGCAAAUCUGCCAUGUGUGGGAACUCGGGACGGUGGUGAAUUCAGAACAGCUCCUCUGUAUUCCCUUCAGGUCCAAUGGACUGGAGAAUGCUUCAGUGGUUAUAAUGAUAGAUCUAUCGAGGCCUGAGAAAUUGUGGAAUGACAUCAGUUCAAUAUUGGUCGAACUAAAAAAUGUCCUUCGUAAUUGCAAACCUCCAGAAAAUGCCACUCAUUUGCAGAACUUUUCUAAAGAGCACAUCACAGAAAAUCUCUUUCCAGUUCCCGUUUAUAUUAUUGGCGGGAAGUAUGAUAUGUUCCAGGACAAAGAUCCGGAAAUUAAGAAACAAGUUUGUAAAUGCUUGAGGGCAAUUGCUCAUCAAAUUGGUGCUUCUGUAUCCUUCUAUACCACUCAAAACAGCUCAAUGGGACGGACAGUGAGAGACAUUCUCAAUCACUGUGGCUUCGGAAGUCCAGCAAAUCCUAUUAGGAAUCUCCAGACUGACUACAAUGCUCCUCUAUCUGUGCCUUUUGGGCAGGAUUCAUGGAAUAGCAUUGGAUUUAGUGCGGAAAAUCUUGAGGCAAUUGGAGCAAUAUUUUGUCGAGCAAUUCCACAAGAGGAUAGCUCCAUUGCUCCUCUUCCACCAGAUCCAAUAAAGGACACGGAUUUUAGAGAACCGAUUAUUGAUGAAUUAAGGGCACAAAAAGAUGAAGAACUUCACACUCUACUAAAGCACACUGAUAUUAUGGGAAGAUUUGAAAAAAUAAAUUAGGUUCAUAAACCUUAAGCUUAGCGUAAGUGUGCCAAAUUCCGGCCAGCUUGCAAUUUCGGCCACCUUUUUUGUUCCUCGAAUUCGACAAACGAGAUGACGUGAAAAAGAUAUUGGAUGAAUUCCCGAAGGGCAAGGAACUUUGAGAAUGAAGGUGACCGAAAUAGCUUUGGUGCAUUUAUUAAUUUUAAAAUGUAUAAAGAAUGAUUUUAGAGUAAAUAAAGACGGUAAACUCUUUACAAGGUUCCAAGCAACACCCUUUCAGAAGAAAGAAUAAAAAAAAUCAAUUUGUA